AUGUUCCGCACGACGCUGGUCCGGGCGGCUCGCGCGCACAAGCCGUCGAUCACGUUCCCGAACAGGCGCGCGCAGCAGGAGACGCAUGAGCCGCAUCCCCACCCUGACGCGCCCCCGGAGAUUGCCAAGGACUUUGACAACUUCCGCAAGACCUUUGAGUCGGGCCCGCACUUUAACCCCGACAAGGUCGUGAAGCCGGAUGUCUCGAGCGGCGAGCAGGACGCGAUCUCGGGCGCUUCGAGCGUGUUUGAUCUUCCCCCGCGGUUCUGGGACACGCCGUCGAUGCGUUAUUCCCCGGUCGAGAUGGAGGCGAUCAACUCUGGCGGCGCAGCCUUGAUGGACGCGUAG